AGCUUGAACAGGUAUGUCAUGUGACCAUCCAACAUGGCAGCGCCCAGUGCGGCUGAAGUGGCUGACGAGAUCGUAUCUCCCGUAUAUCUGGUGGUAAGCGGGAUCCCUUCGGGACUACGCUCGGCCCAACUGAGGAACUACUUCAGCCAGUUCCGGGAGCAGCGCGGCAGCGGCGACUCCGGCUUCCUCUGCUUCCACUAUCGGCACCGGCCCGAGCGGGCCCUGGCCCCGGAACCAGCCGCGACCCCGAUCCCAGUCCCCCAAUCCCCGAGCGGAGCGGCUGUGCCCUCCAAUCCGCCAUCUGUGGCUCCAGCUCGGUCUCCAUCUCCUACACCGGCCUCUCCUGCCACCUGCUGCUGCGUGAUCUCUGUGCGAGGGCCAGCCCAGGCCCAGCGGCUCCUCCGCAUGUACUCGGGCCGCCAGUGGCUCGAUUCACAGGGGAACUGGCUGCCUGGGCGCUGCCGUAUCCGCAGGCUCCGGCUCCCGGUUCAGGAGGCAGGUGUAGAUCCCUUUCCCUUCAAGACCCGGAAGGAGCUGCAUAGGAAGAAGGCCUUGAGUGAAGCAUUCACCCUAACUGACCUUAGGCAGUUGCCAGAACUGAAUCCUCCAGCCCUGAUGCCCAAUGGGAAUGUGGGUACCCCAAUGCAUAUCUUCUUAGAGUUGAUCCGAACCUGUCGGCUCCCCCCUCGGAUCAUUACCCAGCUGCAGCUACAGUUCCCCAAAACAGGCUCCUCCCGUCGAUAUGGCAAUGUGCCCUUUGAGUAUGAAGACUCAGAGAUUAUCGAGCAGGAAGAACUUGUCUACACAGCCCAGGGGGAAGAGAUCCCAGAAACACCUCGAGGAGCUUUUCCCACAACUAUCCCAACUGGAAUCCAAGAAGAGCUGAAAGAAGACAAAGAGGAAGAGUCUCAUUCAGAUGAUGACAAUGACACGUGUGAGGAGUGGGAGCGGCACGAAGCAUUACAUGAGGACGUAACAGGCCAGGAGCGCACAUCGGAGCGACUCUUUGAGGAGGAGAUAGAGCUCAAAUGGGAGAAGGGUGGCUCUGGGCUCGUGUUUUACACAGAUGCUCAGUAUUGGCAGGAAGAGGAAGGAGAUUUUGAUGAACAAACAGCAGAUGAUUGGGAUGUGGAUAUGAGCAUAUACUAUGAUCGAGAUUGUGGAGACAAGGAUGCACGUGAUUCAGUCCAGAUGCGCUUGGAAAGGAGACUCCGUGAUGGUCUGGAGGAUGUCUCUGUGGUCAGCCACCACGUUGGCACCUUUGAACGUCACACAAAGGGUAUUGGAAGGAAGGUGAUGGAGCGACAAGGCUGGGCUGAGGGGCAGGGCCUGGGCAGUAGUUGCUCAGGAGUAGCUGAGGCCCUGGACAAUGAUGGGCAGAACCCCAGGUGUAAACGUGGAUUAGGAUACCAUGGAGAGAAACUGCAGUCUUUUGGACAGCCAAAAAGACCACGUGGGACCAGCCUGGGACUCAUCUCCACCAUCUAUGAUGAACCCCUUGUUCAGGACCAGGGUGACCUCCUGCUUCGACGCCAGCCACCUACUAGUCUGAAAUUCCGGGCAGAUAUGGCCUUUGUGAGAGGCACAGACACAGACAGCUUUUCCUGCCAGAACUCACCAGAGCCUGAGUGAUAAAGAUAGGAACUCCUUGUAUGGGUUUGGGGGAUCAUAAGAUUUCCCUAACCUUUUGUUCUAGGAGCCAAAGUGGGUGGCUGGCUUUAGGACUCAGACUUUCCUAGAGAAGAAAAUUGCCUAGAGACCUGGGGCCACUCAGUUCUCUCACUUCUCUUUCUUCCCAUAUUCUACCUCAGGACCAGCAAUGUAUGUCAUUUGGGCCUGGUGGGCUCUAUUUAUUGAUUUCAAACUUAUUUAUCUCAAGACCAUAUUAUUUUGGCCUUGGCUCUUCCCUAGAACGUUGGUGUCAGUUUUUGCCUUGUCCCUAACAUGGCCCUCUGAAGCACAGCCUCAUUGGCCAAGAGCAGGCCAUCUUCUCCCUUGAGAUUUCCUGCACAGCAACACCUGUGCUGGCCAGCUAACAGGGGAGAGGAUCUAGAAGAGCAGCCCAAGCCCAGUCCACUUGCUCCCUUCUGUGAAGGGCAGACAGACCCAUAACAGAAUAAAGUUUUUGUUUAUAUAA